UACAUUAAUAAUAUAUGUAUAGCUCUAACGAGCCAUCAAACCACUAUAUUGUUAAUAUAACUCUGACCAGCUAUCAAACGAAAAGCAGGAGAUUUUGAAUAUUGUUGUUCAAGUUGACCACUCAUCUUCUUCGAGAAGCUACAAAAUCAAAAAAGCAAAAAGUAGUCAAAGGGGACACUCUACCACCAACCAAUCAAUGGCUAGAGCCACCAUUGGCUCAGCCACCUAUAUCUCCUCUUCCUCCUUCAACCAUCUCAAAAAUCUCUCUAAUUCUCCCCUCCCCGUCCACGUCACCUUCCUCCGCCGUUCAAAAUCCACCGGCGUCACCGCAAUGUCGGCCGCCGGCAAUGUUCCUCAUCCAUCAUUAGAAAUCACCGGCGGAGGCCGAGACAUGUUUAUUUCUGCAUUCAAAUCACUUAACAAUCCCUACAGUGCUUAUCCAAUUGUCGGUUGGAAUCGCCAUAUAGAAACUAUUUUUGCUUCCUUUUUUAGGUCAACUCCUGACGUACGUCUCCGGCGAGAGUGUUUGAGGACCAAGGAUGAUGGCUCUGUAGCUCUUGAUUGGGUCUCCGGCGAUGAUCGCCGGUUGCCUCCCGAUUCUCCGUUGCUCAUUUUGCUUCCAGGUCUGACUGGGGGAAGCGAUGAUUCGUAUGUGAGGCAUAUGCUGGUGAGAGCUAGAAGUAGGGGUUGGAGAGUUGUGGUGUUCAAUAGCAGAGGCUGUGGAGAUAGUCCUGUGACAACUCCUCAGUUCUAUUCAGCUUCAUUUCUUGGUGAUAUUUAUGAAGUGGUGGCACAUGUCAGCAACCGCUAUCCAGCUGCAAAUUUAUAUGCAAUAGGCUGGUCUCUUGGAGCAAAUAUUCUUGUUCGCUACUUGGGACAGGAAUCUCAUUCUUGCCUUCUCUCUGGUGCUGUUUCUUUGUGCAAUCCUUUCAAUUUGGUCAUUGCAGACGAAGAUUUCCAUAAAGGCUUUAAUAAUGUUUAUGACAAAGCAUUAGCAAAUUCUCUCCGUAAAAUUUUCAAAAAGCAUGCUCUACUGUUUGAAGAUAUGGAAGGUGAAUUUAAUAUAUCAUUAGCUGCCAAUGCCAAAAGUGUCAGAGAAUUUGAUGAUGGACUGACACGAGUUUCAUUUGGAUUCAAGUCUGUGGAUGAUUACUAUUCUAACUCAAGCAGCUCAGAUUCCAUUACAAAUGUCUGUACACCUCUGCUUUGUAUCCAAGCUGCAAAUGAUCCAAUUGCUCCAUUCAGAGGAAUUCCUCGUAAAGAUAUUGAGGAGAACUCAAACUGUAUGCUGAUUGUAACCCCAAAAGGAGGCCAUCUUGGUUGGGUGGCAGGUCCUGAAUCCCCACGAGGAUCUCCAUGGACCGAUCCACAUGUGAUGGACUUCUUGGAGCAUAUAGAACAUGGCAAGUCUGCUUCUGCUCUAUGUGCUAGUGAUCAGGAGAUUAUGAACAGCAGUAUUGCGGACAGAUUCCAACACCUUGAGGUAUAGGCAACAAGUUGUCGUAGUCAAAUAUCCCAUCAUGUUGAUAUAGGCACGCGACAGUCGCUGUCUUGUGAGAUUAAUAUAGGCACAUUGAAACGUAUCAUAAAUCGUCAAAUUUUGGUGAGUUACUUUGGUAUUCUUGCUCUGCAACAUGGAGCCUAUUCUUUGAUUAUCCUCCACACAUCCAAGAAUUGUACAAGCCAUAGUGUCGUUCGGUGAAACAAUUCAUUACGGAAACUUUCUAUAUAUAGAUUGCUACAAAGUGGUGGAUGUAAACUCUACUAACCGCAAUUCUAUGCUCCUCAUUGAAGAUGGGAGUUGGCUCUAAAACUCUCCAGAAGUAACACUAUAAAUUUACUAAUUAUAUUUCUGCAUUGUGCCA